CUCACUCUGCUCCAUACUGCCUCUAGGCAACGAAUGGCCGCCAUGGAAGGAGCAUCAUCGUCAUCAUCAUCCGCCGCUGCUCCGCGCAAGCACUUCACCCGCGCAGUAGCAGAGACCACAGCGGCAUCCGGCUCCCGGCUUUCGGCCCAGCCGCCAGCAGCCCCUUCCAAUGCCAUCCCGGCUGAUAUCCUGGAGGAUCCGGCCUUGAAUGCCGCGAUUGCCGCCAUUCUACCCUCCAAUUACAACUUCGAAAUCCACAAGACCAUCCAUCAUGUCAGAAGAAAUGGGUCCACUUGUGUAGCACUGCAGAUGCCCGAAGGUCUAACGCUAUGGGCCUCGGGCAUAGCUGAUCUGGUCGAGAGGUUCACCGAGGCGACGACAGUGAUCAUGGGCGAUGUCACAUAUGGGGCAUGCUGUGUAGAUGACUACACCGCUAUGGCCCUAGGCUGUGAUAUGCUGGUUCACUACGGUCACAGCUGCUUGGUUCCUGUCGACCAAACCUCCAUCAAGACCCUUUACGUCUUCGUCGAAAUUGCAAUCGAUCCAAUGCACCUCGGCUCGACCGUGCGAGCCAACUUUCCCAGCAUCAAGGCGCACUUCAGAUCGAAGCUUCUUGGAGCGUCAGAUGCAGAAGAUGAUGUAGAGAGCUCUCCGUCACAGCGAGCUCAUAUCGGCAUAGGCGUCGAAGGCAAUGACGGUUCUGCACAAGAGACCAGCGAUGCGUCAACCCACCUGGCUCUCGUGGGGACGGUACAGUUCAUCAAUGCCUUGCAGGGUCUACGUACCGCCCUGGAGGAAGCCGAGCCGCUCGAUGAGAACGGUGCUCCACUUUCGCAAGCGAAGCUGAAUCCGCUGAUGCUAACGGCCAGCGAAGAUGCUACCACUGCAACGCCAACAGUGCAGAGCUACGCCACAGGUACAUAUAAGAUCACAGUGCCUCAGAUCAAGCCCUUGAGUCCAGGAGAGAUUCUAGGUUGCACAUCUCCACGUCUUCCGUCAGAUGUCGAUGCUGUCAUCUACGUUGGUGAUGGCCGCUUUCAUUUGGAGAGCGUCAUGAUCGCUAACCCUCGGAUACCGGCCUUUCGAUACGAUCCAUACACCAAAAGAUUCGUUCGAGAGCUCUACGAUCAUGCUGAGAUGCGGCAGAUGAGAGGUGACGCUGUCAGGGAAGCGGAGCAGAGCGUCGUCGCAGUCAAGCCUCGCGCUGCAGCCGCUGAAGAGGCCGAAGGGCAGGCUCCAGGAUCGUGGGGCGUUGUUCUGGGCACAUUAGGUCGUCAAGGUUCUCUAUCGGUCCUCAGUCACCUUCGCUCGACCUUGACCUCCCACUCUCCUCCUGUUCCCCACGUACCGAUUCUGCUUUCGGAACUCUCUCCGGCAAAGCUAGCUCUAUUCGGAUCUCAUCUGUCGGCCUUCAUCCAGACAAGUUGCCCUCGAUUAUCGAUCGACUGGGGGAGUGCUUUUCCCAAGCCGCUCUUGAGUCCCUACGAGGCCGCUGUUGCCUUGGGCCGGGCGAAGGGUUGGGAGGAAUCAGUAGAAGGUCUGGGAAUGCGCAGGGACGCCGCAAGAGCCGACGAGGAAGCAGCGACAGCAGCAGCAACGGCGGACCCGACCGCUAGUCAACAAAAGCGAGACAAGAACGACUUUGCAGGCGGCGACUACCCCAUGGACUUCUACGCCAAUGACUCAUUGGGUCCUUGGACGCCUAGGCAUGGUAUGGCCCCUGCCAAGAAGAGUGGAGGAGCAUCGAACCGAGCCUUGCUGAAGAGUCGGCUCAAGGGCAGAAGUGCUGCUGGUGCUGGAGAGACUGGCAAUGCUGCAGGGUUGAAUGCAUCCCUGGCAUCGGUUGCGAUUCGUUGAGGCUGGCUGGUUCCUUCACAUCACUCCAAUGUCGCUGCCAAUGCUCACCCAAUCUGGAUGUCAAGCUCAUCAUGUCAUUACUCUAUACCAAUCCUCUGCUCUUUUUGUGUCUAGUUUUUCACGCCGCCGAACAUGGCCGGACCUCUGUGAUUGAAAGUGGCAAAGUUGGGCCUGGCAUCAAUCUCGUCGAGUGACCUAUGGUAUCAGAAGGGAGGAGAGAGGCGGAAGGAAUGGGCGAUCAGCAUUGCCAUUUGUCUCUAAGAUUCAGCUGCGAAUCCUC